CUUUUAAAAACAAAUCCAAUCAAAUUUUUGUUUUAAUUCUUAAAAUGUUUUAUGUUGGCUUACUGGUCUUGAGUGGCUGCCUGGCCCUGGGGGCCGGCUACAGGAAAACUACAGACACGACAGCUGUUAAGAGGCAGUACCAGAUCCAGAAUGGCCCGUGCAGCUACACCUUUCUGCUGCCUGAGCAGGACAACUGCAGGACCCCGAGCAGCACCUACACUAACCUGGUCCAGAAGGACGAUCCGGCAGAGUAUGAUGAGUCGGCCCAGAGGCUGGAGCAGCUGGAGAACAUCAUGGAGAACAACACACAGUGGCUCCUCAAGGUAAGGUGUUCUGCUUGACGUCACACAGCUUCUCUACUGGGAGUGCAGGUGUGUGUCUCACACCCAUUCUCAUGAUAUACGUAUUUUUUUGUUGCGUCCCUCUAUUUUUUAUGAUCUGUUACGACUUUCCAAUUCAUAUGAUAUGUUACAAAUAGUUCCAUAAAAAUGUGUGUUAUUUGCACCCUCUGGAUGAGUGCCCACAUUUAAAACAUAAGGGACUUGGUUACGGAGAACCCGUUGGGUGCCAUGAGCCGUUCAGAGAUUAAGCAGUAAAUGAAUGGUUCUGCUGCUCUGCCAUUAUGUUUAGGGCUGGCACAAUUACCCUAUAACCGACGGUUAUGGAUGAAGAUAGUCAUGAAAAUAAGUCAUAACUGUAAAAAAAAGUAUAUUUAAAAACAGAUGAUUGAAGACAGGACCACCAGGCAUUCGUGCGGUUGAGUCCGUUUCAGCUGUGACAUGGACUCAACAACAUGAAACUUUAUUGUAAUGUAGAGUGUUCAUUCAAAUUCUAUUACGUGAUGUGGCUCAUGCAAUGGAAUGUAUUUGUUGUGAUAUUGAGUAGAAAUCAACAAAUCACAGCACAUAUAGUUUGUUCCUAUGGGUAUACUCGCAAUGGCCGCCAGUCCACCCAUUAUGCCAUCAAUGACUUGAAUGGGGACGACCGUUCUAUUCAUUCUAUUUCUAUGGGAGCACAUUCAUAGAAAUACAAAAUGAUUGCUAUUCAAACGGUUAUUACAGUGACCGCGGUCAUUUGGCUGGCCAAUUACAAUCAUCCAAAGUUCCAUGAUCGUCACAGCCCUAAUUAUGUUACGUUAACUUAAGAUGAUAAAGGUAAGCGACAGUAAGCUUUUGCAGCCUGUAUAGAUGUAUAAUCUGUGUCAAACUGACCUCAUUAUGUAUCUUACUGUGCAGAGCUGAUGUUAUGUAGUAUCAUGGACUCAUUUCAACUCAGGGAAAUAUUAAUAUAGGCCAGAUACAGGUUCUGGUUUCCCACUCCGCUCAAUAUGGUUUACAACAGGGCUCUCCAAACCGGUUCCUGGAGAGCUACCCUUGUGUAGGUUUUCAAUCCAACCCUAGUUGCAACUAACCUGAUUCAGUUUAUCAACCAGCUAAUUAUUAGAAUCCGGUGCGCUAGAUUAGGGUUGGAGCGAAAACCUACAGGACGAAAGCGCUCCAGGAACAGGGUUGCUUUCUAUAGGAAGGUUUUAUUUCCCCCAUGAGAGAAGACAAGAGUAUACACUAGGACCAGGACGAUACCAGUAUCAUGAUUCUCAUUAGUAUCGUGGCAUGGAAACAAAACACGAAGCGGAUUUAACUUCUUUAGGAAAACAGACCUAAUGUCAUCCAGUCACGUAUUUAUUUUCCAAGCUAUAGCACACAAUAUUUUACACACAGCAGGUUUUUAAAAUGAACAAAUAGUCACAAUAUUUUACAUGCAGCAAGUUUUUAAAGAAACAAAUAAUUUUUGCACAAAAAAGAAGAAAAAAAAGUGCUACUGGUAUCUUCACAGCCCUAGUAUACACACCAACCUUCCAGUGAUGUGCAGGCGCAUUAUACUCCAGUCACUUUCCUUACUGCCAAGAUGGCUUUGAAAGACUUUAAUUCAGAUUCAAAGAAUCCUCAAAUCUGAUUGAGAGCACUGAACUUGACCUUGUAAGGGUGCAGGCAAGUGAAUUGUGACAUUGUCCUACUAUUCGAAGGGGGCAUCGUCACAUGGAUUCAGUCCUGAGCAAUAAGAAAGCGAAUGUGAGCCGAAGUAGGAAGAAAGUAGCCUGAAAGGUCAUAAAACAAAGACGUGUCCCAGAACAGAAGCAGGGCUGUGGUGGCUCUGUGAGUGGGGGAGAAGGGCAGAGAAGUGACAAAGCCUCUACACAGGUGCCCAGAUGAAGGACGUGCGCAUCCCUUUCAGCGCUGCUGAGCCAUCGCUUGUUAUAGAAACAGAGCGCCUCUGCUUGGCCUCCAUUCUUUCUACUCUUUAGAGUUUGAUUAAUGAUGAGGUCUAUACAGCUCUGACAAGACAAGCACAACUUCAAAGUAUUAUCACACAGCUCACACCUCUCCAAGGAAACAGACCCUGACCUGAAUCACUCCGCCAGCUAGGUCAGCUGCUGCUAAGCGUUAGGGUCCCUAGACCUUUUGUCAUUGCUGUUACAUCAGAGCCACUGCUUAAGAACACUUCAAUUUGAAAAAUGUAGUCUUUAAAAGAUGGAUGCUUUGGAUAUGGCACUCAACAUAAUUUUACUUUUAAGCUAAGGACAGUGAAUGGUCUGAGAAGGCAGCUACUGUUUUAAUAGGAAGCUCUCACACCACAGGAGUUUAAAAGCCUAGAAAUGAAGCAGUUAAAAUAGUGAAUCUGUAGUCUUUAGACUCCAUUAUGAUCCGUCAUUCAGUUUAUUAAGCUUUCACUGCCUCACAGGAUUCUAUCCUCCAAGGACAGAUUUGUUAUGCGCAAUAAAUGCGUGUAUCUCUGCUAAAAUCUCAAAUCCAAUUGACAUGCAUGAUUUAUGCUGCACAAUAGAGUUAUGUGUAUGUUCAAGGUUAGGAUUUGGCCUAAAGUGACGACUCCAGAUGGAAAGGAUGUCAUUAAUGUCUGUCAUGGAAAGGAAGUCCAGUCUUUAAUUGAAAUGCAAUACAUUGAUGUAAAACAAACAAGUGAGUGGAACUAAUCUAUAGGAGAUCUGCAAAGGUUAAGAGACUCUCCUGGUAAAAGUGAGAUCGGCUCAAUGCAUCCAGAAUUCUGGACGUAUUUUAAACGACAAAGUAGUCUAUGUAAUAGGGCCAUUUCAAGAUAAUUACUAAUGCUAAAAAUUAACAAAAAACCCUUAUGCAAAAUGUAAGUAUCCAUUUCCCUAAUACAUUGCUAAUAAAAAAAAUUAAAAACUUUAAAUUGCCCUUAUAACAUGAACUUUUUCCUGACGUCAUCAUUUCAUACACUACAGUUUGUCUGAAUAUUGGCAUUAUCUGUUAUAACAGAGGAAAGGCUCUUCCUCUGAACUGCACCAUGUAAAACCCAGAGUCAAGGACAAAGGAAAUCACUGUACAUCAACUGAAGAAAUGAACAUUUAUUGUGAGAGCAAAGGUAAUACCUACAAUUCUUGCACUGUCCCACUCUGAAAAAAAAUAGGAAGCCCGGCUGAUGGACUGUUGUUGUUGUGCCGGUAAAAUAAAUGUGUUAGUUAGCCGUCACGCUUUUCGUGUAAACGGGGAGGACAAACAAGCAUUCCUCGUGGAAUCCUUAGAGGCAGGAGUGGAGUAAACAGCUGAUUAGAUAGCCGUCAAUGGGAACUUCCCGCUCGCAGUUCCGAUGACACACUCUUCCAGCCUCCACGUGUCUGUGUCCAAGAACACAGCCAAUAUGAAAGUGGAGAAAGGAAAACAAAAUGUAAUUAGCACUGAUUGCUGCACUUCUCAUUCAUUGACAUGGGAAAAGGCUAAUUAUAAACUGGAUGGUUCGAGCCCUGAAUGCUGAUUGGCUGACAGCCGUGGUAUAUCAGACGGGUAUACCACGGGUAUGACAAAACAUUUAUUUGUAUUGCUUUAAUUAUGUUGGUAACCAGUUUAUAAUAGCAAUAAGACACCUCAGGGGUUUGUGGUAUAUGGCCAAUAUACCACGGCUAAGGGCUGUAUCCAGGCACUCUGCAUUGCGUCGUGCAUAAGAACAGCCCUUGGCCGUGGUAUAUUGGCCAUAUACCACAUCCCCUCUGGCCUUAUUGCUUAAAUAUACUUCCCAGUUUAAACUUAAGCACAAUAGUUUUGCUUGUUGGCGGAUGGGUAUACAACCUAAUUGUUUACGCAAACAAAGAACAGAAACACUAGGUCUACUAACGUCAUGAUAUCGUCUUGCAGUGGAAGACGCUGUGUGGUAUAGGAUGUAACUCAUCACUCAUCAUUUCAAUCCUGUUUACAAGACUUUCAGGCCUAAUUGCCACUCAGGAACUCGAUGCAGGAAAGAGCUUUAUGAUUGAGUUUGUUCUAAAUCUGACAGGUGGAUACUGGAUAGGGGACAAAACUACUAUCUAAAGCUUUUUAUUUUCUCUGAAGACAAUGAUACCAUGUGGGACAGACACUAGAGAAGAAAGCUUAUUUAAAACUUUUCCGCUAGUAGAAAUGUUACAAUUUAUGAGUUGUCGCAAAGAUGACUGAACCUAAGUCAUGUGAAGGCUCAGUUAGCAGUACAAUUUUACAAAAAUAACCUUAGCGGCUGACUAUAGCAUGUUGACAGGGCAUUACAGUGCAGUCCCCAUUGAUUGUGAUACAAUUUGAUGUUACCAAAAACGACCAUAUAAAAAAAAAUGUGUAGAGUUUCGGUUAGAUAUUAAUCCCUAGUAUAGUUCAAGUGAUGGCCUUAAUAUGAAUCAGCAGGGAUGCUGGGAAAAUAUUAUCAGUCUUCCAUUUUUGACCCCAACAGAAGCAUGUGAACUUCCUGCUGCCAAUUUUAAGAGGCUUCAACAUAACGUAAUCUAAACACUAGUCAAAAUGCAUGGCCUGUCACCGGAUAAUUCUGUCCACUUCUACAUAUUAAGACUUCUGGGUCAGACAAGGGGAAAAGCCAUGAACUCCAUGACAACAAGGCUGUACUGCUUAAAAGGAGUCAUUCUAAAAGAGGAAUAGGGUACACUUUCACUGUGACAUCCAUAUGGUAAAUGGUCAUUUGACGGCAUCACAGUGAACCAAUAACACUGACAUAUCACUUAAACCAUCUCACUAACCUGCCUUCGUCAACUCUUCUUGAUCCUUACUGCAGCUGGAGAACUACAUUCAGGAAAGCAUGAAGCAGGAGAUGGCCCAGAUCCAGCAGAAUGCUGUCCACAACCACACGGCAGCCAUGAUAGAGAUUGGAGCUAAUCUGCUGAGGCAGACCACUGAGCAAACACGGAAACUGACCAACGUAGAGGUGCAGGUGAGGACCUUUUACUUAACAAUAUCGUUUUGUGUGUGUGUGUGUGGUAUAUACAUACUGUAUAGUGCUGUGAAAAAGUAUUUGCUGCCUUUCUAAUUCUCUACUUUUGCAUAUUCUUUAUACUGAAUGUUAUCAGAUCUUCAACCAAAACCUAAUAUUAGUUAACCGUAUCCUGAGUGAACAAAUAACACAACAAUUAUACUUCUUUCAUGUAAAAAAAGUUAUGUAACACCCAAUGCCCCUGUGUGAAAAAGUAAUUGCCCCUUUACACUCAAUAACUGGUUGUGCCACCUUUAGCUGCAAUGACUCCAACCAAAUGCUUCCUGUAUUUGUUGAUCUGUCUCUGCUUUCACUCAGCGACAUUUGUGGGUUUUCAAGCAUGAACUUUACGUUUCAAGUCCUGCCAUAACAUCUCAUUGGGAUUAGGUCUGGACUAUGACUAGGCCAUUCCAAAACUUCAGAUUUGUUGCUUUUUAGACAUUUUCAUGUAGACUUGUGUAUUUUGGAUCAUUGUCUUGCUGCAUGAACCAGCUGCGCUUCAGCUUCAGCUCACAGAUGGAUGGCCUGACAUUCUCCAGUAGAAUUCUCUGAUACAGAGCAGAAUUCAUGGUUCCUUCAAUUAAGGCAUGUCGUCCAGGUGCUGAGGCAGCAAAGCAUCCCCAAACCAUCACACUACCACCACCAUGCUUGAUCGUAGGCAUGAGGUUCUUACUGUUGAAUGCAGUGUUUGGUUUUCGCCAGGCAUAAUGGGACCUAUGUUGUCCAGAAAGUUAUACUUUUGAAUCAUCUGUCCAUAGAACAUUCUUCCAAGAGUCUUGAUGAUCAUCCAGGUGCUUCCAGGUGCUUUUUGGGAAACUUGAGUCAACUUUUUGGACAAGAUGAGUCCCAUUAUGUCUAGCGAAAACCAAACACUGCAUUCCACAGUAAGAAUCUCAUACCAACAGUCAAGCAUGGUGGUAGUGUGAUGGUUUGGGGAUGCUUUGCUGCCUCAGGACCUGGACGACUUGCCUUAACAGAAGGAACCAUGAAUUGUGCUCUGUAUCAGAGAAUUCUAGUGAUGUGAGAGACAGAUCAAGAACUACAGGAAGCAUUUGGUUGCAGUCAUUGCAGCUAAAAGGUGGCACAACCAGUUACUGAGUGUAAGGGCCAACUACUUUUUCACACAGGGGCAUUGGGUGUUGCAUAACUUAUUUAUUUAUUUAACAAAGUAUACCUGUUUGUUAUUUGUAAAGUCAGGCUCCCUUUAUCUAAUAUUAGGUUGUGGUUGAAGAUCUGAUAACAUUCAGUAUCAAAAAUAGAGAAAAUCAGAAAUGGGGCAAAAACUUUUUCACAGCACUGUGUGCUAAAUGACUAAACAUUCAAAACCCAAUAGCCUACAUCAAACAAUUCAGUGUUUCCCCUAUUUUCAUUCAUGCUAAAUUGUUGCUGCCACUCCCCAAAACAUAAUAAAACCAAUAAUUUGGGGGAUGGUAAAAUGUUUUCAGUGUAAACUUAAACAACUAAAACCAGAUAUAAAGUAUGUAGAAAAGAUAAUGGAGCUCUAUAUAUUUUUUUAUAAGAUAAUCUUUGAGCACUAACAAUCACCAAAAUAAAAACUAGACAGUCGGGGAGAAUGUCAAAUUCCAAAAAUGUCAUGGCAUUGAUUUUGUUAUAAUGUUUGAGUCACUCAGAUAGCAUAAGAACACUGCAUAAGCCAUGGUAAAGCGUAGAAGUGCAGGAAAUUAGCUUUAAAACUGAAUUUUGUUCUCUCAGCCCCAUGACAAAAUGUGUAGAAUUGCAGGAAACUAGCUUUAAAACUGUAAAAUGUUCUCUCUGCCCCAUGGUUAAAAUGUGUAGAAUUGCAGGAAAUUAGCUCUGUGGCCAAGAGGAGGGCCUCUAAAAUUGUUGGCCGGAGACACUGCCGUCAGCCCCCCCCCCCAUGCUAACUUUGCCACCACUGCUGAAAACAAUCCUAGGGGGAACACUGCAAUUAAUGACAAAAGUAAUCAAAUUGGCAAAAUAUUAAAACAAAUCUAAUGCUGUCCAACAGGGCCAGGAUUUUGAUUUGCUGUAGAAGGCCAUUGACCUUUUGUGAACGAACUACACAGCAUUUCCUGUUAUUAAUGCCAUUGUAUUCCCACAAGAAAGGGUCUAUCAAUUUGUCACAAUCAGACAUCCGUCUGUUCAAAGUCACCAACACAAGCUCCAAUGGUAGACAGACACAUACCCAACAUUCAUGUAAACAACAAAUUGGCCCAGGUUUUUGCUGAGUUCAGUUCCUCAAACUGGAAAAUCAGAAGGGGUUUUCUGGACCCAGGAGUUCAAUACAUCAGUAAAGACAUUCAUCACAUUAUAGAGCCACUCUUUCACAGUAGCCUCUACAUUCCCUGCCCCCUUUCCAACAUAUCUGUCCUUUAUUGGAAUUCGAUUGUUCCGUUUUUUCCUCUUACGAAACAGAUUUCCCCGACCAUCUACACACAUGCUCAUUGUACUCUUAAGAACAUGAAGCGAACCACAGUGUUCACACAUGAAUUGAGAUAGGACUGUUACAAAUUGAGUUUCGCUCCUAGAAUUUUAAUCAAGUAAAGGGCUACUUUGGUGUCUUGAGGGCGCUGUACUGUCAAUGUUUUCAGUCUACUGUAAGGGGGGAAAACAACAACUUAAGGCAGGCUGUGCACAAUUUAUUUUCAACUGUAUCUGAUCCAAAAGAAUUGCAGUGAACUGUGGAAUUGUUUGUGAAACAGACUACUCUAGAGAAAAGAGGGAGAUGUCAGAAUCCGUUACAUAAUACCAAUGAUAUUUUUUCUAGCCAGGAAAAUACCAAUGUUUCAUUUAAUCAUACCACAUCCCCAAUUGAGUGAUUACUUUAAAGCGGCAGUCAGCAGUUGAAACAAUAACGAGUCCCCGCCACUGUUUCGGUAAAAAGCUGAGGGAUGGUGCUGGAGAUUUAAACCACUCAAAUUCAGACAGAGCUAUUAAUGCAAGGACUGACCAUCCAUGAUAUCAAAAUUUGUUAUAUCCAGGUUUUUAAGACUAUACAGUGUUUGUUUACAUUGACUUUGUUUCCACCAUUGUAGUAAAACAAGCUUAUAUUUUGGGCUCUGAUGAGGCAUUUAUAAGUUAUAUUCUACAAGAAUCAAAUGGGUACAUUUCAUUAAUGUAUGAGUCCAAAAAAGUAUAUACAGUGCUGUGAAAAAGUAUUUACCCCUUUCUGAUUCUCAAUUUUGCACAUAACAGACACUGAAUGUUAUCAGAUCUUCAACCAAAACCUAAUUUUAGAUCAAGGGAACCUGAGUGAUCAAAUAACAGAUACUUUCGAGCAUGAACUGCUUGUUUCAGGUCCUGCCACAACAUCUCAAAUCAGGUUUAGGUCGAGUAAUUGACUAGGCCAUUCCAGAACUUUAAAUGUGUCUUUUCAGCCAUUCUGAUGUAGACUUACUUGUGUGUUUUGGAUCAUUGUCUUGCUGCAUGACCCAGCAGUGCUUCAGCUUCAACUCAUGGAUGGAUGGCCUGACAUUCUCCUUUAGAACUCUUUGAUACAGAACAUAAUUCAUGGUUCCGUCAAGGAUGGCAAGUCAUCCAGGUCCUGAGGCAGCAAAGCAUCCCCAAACUAUUACACUACCACCACCACCCGAUUGACAUGUUGUGGCAGGACCUGAAACUAGCAGUUCAUUCUCAAAACCCCACAAAUGUCACUGUGUUAAAGGAGUUCUGGAUGGAAGAGUGGGCCCAAAUUCCUCCACAGGGAUGUGAGACUGAUCAACUACAGGAAGCAUUUGGUUUCAGUCAUUGCAGCUAAAGGUGGCACACCCAGUUAGAGUGUAAAGGGGCAAUUACUUUUUCACACAGGGGCAUUGGGUGUUGCAUAACUUUGUUAAUUAAAUGAAAUAAGUAUCAACAUUGUGUCAUUUGUUCACUCAGGUUGCCUUUAUCUAAUAUUAGGUCAGGGUUGAAGAUCUGAUAACAUUCAGUGUCAGAUACAUGCAAAAAUAGAGAAAAACAGAACGGGGCAAAUACUUUUUCACAGCACUGUAGCAAUUCCUGAUUGCCCCUUUAAGGCAGAUUCUGAAAUUGCGAAAGUAAAAUUACUUGCGGAAAACAAACGCAAAUCCCUCAAGAUCCUGUGUUCUUCAUUUGGGUCUUGCCAAAUAUUCGACAUAAUGUCAACACAAAAUGAUGUUUACUUAAUUUAAUCUGUAAAGGACUUGCAGCAAUUAAUAGCUCAAUCUAAUCUAACAUACUUUCUGUGGGAAGUAAUUGUCUCUUUCAUCUUUAGGUAAUAAAUAAUACAACUCGGCUCGAACGUCAGCUUCUUGAGCACUCUCUGUCAACCAUUAAGUUGGAAAAACAGCUCAUUUUCCAAACAAAUGAAAUAAGCAAGCUGAAUGACAAAAACAGGUAAGGAUAUUUUGUUGUAUUAAAUCUCUAAAUCAUGCUUUAACUAAAAAGGCUACAAACACUAGACAGUAAAUAUUUAGUCUGUUUUCUGUGUGAAACACGUUUUUGCCUCAUUGUAGGCUUAUCUGUUCUUUUACCGUAAAACAAUCUUCUUCUUGAUAAGAUAACUUGUUGCUUGAAUUGGAAACCAGGAAAGUUGAGUUGCCAUAUGUACAACAGUCCACAACAGUAAUGACAAAACCAACAUACUAAGAAGAGCUAGAAGACCAGUAAUGCCCUGCCAGCUCUGCUGAGCGUUGCUGAGCGUCUACCCUGCCUUUCCUCCUCCCCAGCUACCUGGAGAAGAGGGUGGGGGAAAUGGAGGAGCAGAUGCAGGUGGAGCUGGAGACGCUGAAAAAUAAGAAGGAGCAGCUCUCUACACUGGUACUGAGACAGACGGCCGUCAUGGAGGAGCUGGAGAAACAGCUGCUCCGGGCCACCACAAACAGCUCGGCCCUGCAGCGGCAACAACAGGAGUUACUGGAGACCGUCAACAACCUAAUCUACACCAUCUCCGUCCCCGCAGGUGGAGGUGGGUGUCAACGUCUGAUAAACUCAGGAGGGGGCUACAGUGGCAUCACUGAUUAAGGCCAGAAUGCUAUGGCCAAUUCAAUUUGCCUAACUAAUAAGCCAUAGUUUAGUAAAAUAAAGAAUGUUUCAAAUGUAGUGGAUCAAACCCACCAUUGAAAAGUAACAGAAUCCUAGUAUCUAUUUAAGGAACAGUAACCUUGCUGCAGUAUCAAUUUGAUGUGCCCUCUACUUUUUGCAGCGAACAAGCCUACCAUGAUGCAGGAUACACCGACCACGUACCCAGACUGUGCUGCGCUCUACAAGUCAGGGAACACAGACAGUGGAGUCUACUCACUGACCCUUCACAACACUACACAGGAGAUUAAGGUACAAUUAAACUCUUAUGUUAAUAUCCAUUGGUCCUAUUCAAGUUAUAAGCUGCCUACAUUGAGAAAUACCUUAUUUUUUAACUAGGCAACACCACCACAGCCAAUUAAUUAUCUUGCAAAUGUGUAUAAUAAUACGACGGGAAUAAAAUGUAGCCAAAGACUGCAUAGCUUUCCUUUAAUUCAGAGUCAAUUAAAAUUUUCUCAGCCUUUGGUUUGUUUUGUGCAUGCCUAAACUUGAGUAGAGCUCUCCUUAGAUACUUUUCAGUGGUGAUUUAGAAUCUGGCAAAUACACAUCGCUUGUUUUCACAAAACUCCCAUUACUUUUAAACUAGACUGAUAUGGAGCUGUUUUUAUUGUCAAGUUUGUUGCUGCAGUCUAAACUCCCUCAGUGUACUGAAAAAUCUGAAUGUAAUAUAAUUGAUACCUGGAGAAAAUAUUUUGUUUCAUUUGAAGGCUUACUGUGACAUGGAGACGGAGGGGGGUGGCUGGACAGUACUACAGAAACGAUUUGAUGGCCGUGUUGACUUUCACCGUACGUGGAAAGAGUACAAAAUGGUGAGCGCAAGAGGAAAUGAUCCCAGUUCGACAGCACAAGGCUUAGAUAACACUGGCAAGUGGCAAAAAACAGUGAACAUUUUAGUUUUUAUCUCUCCAAAUGCAACUCAACUGUGACAUUGUGAUCAUAUUAAAAGUUGAAUAAUUCUGUUUAUAUUCCUUCAAAGGGCUUUGGAAACCCUUCAAGUGAAUACUGGUUGGGAAAUGAGUUUGUUUCAAUACUGACCAAUCAGCAACAAUACGUCUUGAGAAUACAGAUGAUGGAUUGGGAGGAAAACUCGGGAUUCUCACUAUAUGACCAAUUCUCUCUUGGCAGUGAAGCAGAAAACUACAGGUAUGCCUGGAUUUCCCAGGUGUGGUGUUCAAAUGUAGGCUACUGUUUCAGUCUACAUAGCAAAGUACUAAAAGCUAUCACCAAUAUUCAAAGGUCCUCCACACACAGACUCCCCCAACACAGUUUCCGUCCCAUACAGUACCAGUCAAAAGUUUGGACACCUACUCAUUCAAGGGUUUUUCAUAUUUUUUUUACUAUUUUCUGCAUUGUAGAAUAAUAGUGAAGACAUCAAAACAAUGAAAUAACACAUAUGGAAUCAUGUAGUAACCAAAAAAGUAUUAAACAAAUCAAAAUAUAUUUUAGAUUCUUCAAAGUAGCCAUUCUUGAUGAUGGCUUUGCACACUCUUGGCAUUCUCUAAACCAGCUUCACCUCGAAUGCUUUUCCAACAGUCUUGAAGGAGUUCCCACACUUGGGGAGAUCAUCCGUUCACCUACUCUGCGCCUCACAAAGACACGGCGGUUGGAACCAAAAAUCUCAAAUUUGGACUCAUCAGACCAAAGGACAGAUUUCCACAGGUCUAAUGUUCAUUGCUCGUGUUUCUUGGCCCAAGCAAGUCUCUUCUUAUUAUUGGUGUCCUUUAGUAGUGGUUUCUUUGCAGCAAUUCGACCACGAAGGCCUGAUUCACACAGUCUCCUCUGAACAGUUGAUGUUGAGAUGUGUCUGUUACUUGAACUCUGUGAAGCAUUUAUUUGGGCUGCAAUUUCUGAGGCUGGUAACUCCAAUUAACUUACUCUCUGCAGCAGAGGUAACUCUGGGUCUUCCAUUCCUGUGGCGGUCCUCAUGAGAGCCAGGUUCAUCAUAUUGCUUGAUGGUUUUUGCGACUGCACUUGAAGAAACGUUCAAAGUUCUUGAAAUUUUCCAGAUUGACUGACUUUCAUGUCUUAAAGUAAUGAUUUCUCUUUGCUUAUUUGAGCUGUUCUUGCCAUAAUAUGGACUCAGUCUUUUACCAAAUAGGGCUAUCUUCUGUAUACCAACCCUACCUUGUCACAACACAACUGAUUGGCUCAAAAUCAUUAAGGAAAUAAAUUCCACAAGUUAACUUUUAACAAGGCACACCUGUUAAUUGAAAUGCAUUCCAGUUGACUACCUCAUGAAGCUGGUUGAGAGAAUGCAAAGCUGUCAUCAAGGCAAUGGGUGGCUACUUUGAAGAUUCUCAAAUAUAAAAUAUAUUUUGAUUUGGUUAACACUUUUUUGGUUACUACAUGAUUCCAUAUGUGUUAUUUCAUUGUUUUGAUGUCUUCACUAUUAUUCUACAAUGCAGAAAAUAGUAAAAAAAAUAUGAAAAACCCUUGAAUGAGUAGGUGUCCAAACUUUUGACUGGUACUGUAUGGGACGGAAACUGUGUUGGGGGAGUCUGUGUGUGGAGGACCUUUGAAUAUUGGUGAUAGCUUUUAGUACUUUACGAUGUGGACUGAAACACAUUAUCAUAGCUGCAUGACAGAGACAGAUUUAGUCUGUUACUUAUGUUUUGAUGUAGUAAUGUUAAAGUAAGUUCUAACAAAAUGGUGCACACAUGUUCUUGAUAAUCAACAAAUGACAAAACAAAACAUUUACCUUGCCUGAAAAUAUAGAUAAAUAUGUAGGGUGGGCGGUGGGAGGGUCAAACCAGGGGUCAAACACUUGUCACCAGUCCAAAACAAAUAUUUUGUCAUCUGUGAAACUAGGAAACAGAAGACUAAAAUGCUUUGGUCUCCUAAACAUUCAAUCUGCACCCUUAGACAUCACCAGUACCUGCCAUUUUCUUUGCUGAACAUACAUUGGUGGAAAAUAAGUAUUUGGUCAAUAACAAGUUUCUCAAUACUUUGUUAUAUACCCUUUGUUGGCAAUGACACAGGUCAAACGUUUUCUGUAAGUCUUCACAAGGUUUUCACACACUGUUGCUGGUAUUUUGGCCCAUUCUUCCAUGCAGAUCUCCUCUAGAGCAGUGAUGUUUUGGGGCUGUCGCUGGGCAACACGGACUUUCAACUCCCUCCAAAGAUUUUCUAUGGGGUUGAGAUCUGGAGACUGGCUAGGCCACUCCAGGACCUUGAAAUGCUUCUUACGAAGCCACUCCUUUGUUGCCCGGGCGGUGUGUUUGGGAUCAUUGUCAUGCUGAAAGACCCAGCCACGUUUCAUCUUCAAUGCCCUUGCUGAUGGAAGGAGGUUUUCACUCAAAAUCUCACGAUACAUGGCCCCAUUCAUUCUUUCCUUUACACGGAUCAGUCGUCCUGGUCCCUUUGCAGAAAAACAGCCCCAAAGCAUGAUGUUUCCACCUCCAUGCUUCACAGUAGGUAUGGUGUUCUUUGGAUGCAACUCAGCAUUCUUUGUCCUCCAAACACGACGAGUUUAGUUUUUACCAAAAAGUUAUAUUUUGGUUUCAUCUGACCAUAUGACAUUCUCCCAAUCCACUCUAGAAAACUUCAGACGGGCCUGGACAUGUACUGGCUUAAGCAGGGGGACACGUCUGGUACUGCAGGAUUUGAGUCCCUGGCGGCGUAGUGUGUUACUGAUGGUAGGCUUUGUUACUUUGGUCCCAGCUCCCUGCAGGUCAUUCACUAGGGCCCCCCCGUGUGGUUCUGGGAUUUUUGCUCACCGUUCUUGUGAUCAUUUUGACCCCACGGGGUGAGAUCUUGCGUGGAGCCCCAGAUCAAGGGAGAUUAUCAGUGGUCUUGUAUGUCUUCCAUUUCCUAAUAAUUGCUCCCACAGUUGAUUUCUUCAAACCAAGCUGCUUACCUAUUGCAGAUUCAGUCUUCCCAGUCUGGUGCAGGUCUACAAUUUUGUUUCUGGUGUCCUUUGACAGCUCUUUGGUCUUGGCCAUAGUGGAGUUUGGAGUGUGACUGUUUGAGGUUGUGGACAGGUGUCUUUUAUACUGAUAACAAGUUCAAACAGGUGCCAUUAAUACAGGUAACGAGUGGAGGACAGAGGAGCCUCUUAAAGAAGAAGUUACAGGUCUGUGAGAGCCAGAAAUCUUUCUUGUUUGUAGGUGACCAAAUACUUAUUUUCCACCAUAAUUUGCAAAUAAAUUCAUUAAAAAUCCUACAAUGUGAUUUUCUGGAAAUAAAUGUCUCAAUUUGUCUGUCAUAGUUGACGUGUACCUAUGAUGAAAAUUACAGGCCUCUCUCAUCUUUUUAAGUGGGAGAACUUGCACAAUUGGUGGCUGACUAAAUACUUUUUUUCCCCACUGUAAGCUGAUUUCAAGGCGAGAACUGACACUUCCUUUCUAUUUGAGCAGCAGACCUCAACUCAAACACACUCCUAUUCAUUCCUUUAGUCUCAAAGUUUGACACAUGACAAAUCUGGAGCCAGACAAAUUAUUCCAUAUACAGUAACUUAUUUUUAUACUGGAAUUCAGAGGCCACGAAACAACUGAGGUCAGCAAUGACAUCAAUACCUCAUCACCUGCGUUGACAUUUUCUACAGAAUGAAUGGGCAGCAAUAGGCCUAGCGGUUAGAGCGUUGGUCCAGUAACCGAAAGAUAGCUGGUUCAAAUCCCAGAGCCAAAUAGGUGUCAAAUCUGUUGAUGUGCCCUUGAGCAAGGCACUUAACCCUAAUUGCUCCUGUAAGUCGCUCUGGAAAAUAACGUCUGCUAAAUUACUAAAAUGUAAAAUGUAAUGAAUAAGAACCAAACCAUAACAGGGCUCUUCCAUCAGAAAACCCUGCUGCAGCUGUCAUGCUUCACUUAACUUGCAAAUGACUAGUGUGUAGACAUAGCCUAUAGCGGGGUUACUGAACUCUUACCCUACGAGGUCCGGAGCCUGCUGGCUUUCUGUUAUACCUGAUAGUUAAUUGCACACACCUGGUGUCCCAGGUCUAAAUCAGUCCCUCAUUGCACACACCUGGUGUCCCAGGUCUAAAUCUGUCCCUCAUUAGAGGGGAACAAUGAAAAAAUGCAGUGGCACUGGCUUCGAGGUCCAGAGUUGAGUUCUAGGGGCCUAUAGCUUCUCAUGGAGCACAAGAAAGGUUCAAAAGUAGUCACGGAAAACCAAGGGAUCUACAAACACAGCAUCUUGUAGGUUAGUGCUAGCAGAGUAAGGAAUCCUUGGCGGACUCAAUUAAUUCACUAAACUUGGGUCUUCUGAGGAAUGGCAAUCAUGUACUUCCUCCUCAAAUUGUAUUUCUCCGUUGCCAUGUCACAGGAUACACCUUAAAGGCUACAGUGGAACAGCAGGCAAAAUUAGUAGCCUUGGUCAACCAGGAAGUGAUUUCAGCACAAAAGAUGCAGACAAUGACAGAUGUGUUUGCAAAUGCUCACAACUGACAACAGGAGGUAAGGAACAGGUUCAUUUGCACCAGCCUUUAUUAAGAUCAAUUAUUUCCUCCAUUUUCACAUUAACAGCCGUGCAACCCCACCCCCCCAACAAGCGUUUGGCACUACCCCCCCAGAAAAAAAAGUUAAAAAGACAUCUUGCCUUUUCUUUGUCGCAGGGUCAAGGCUCUCGAGCAAAACUAGCUCUGAAUUAAUCACUGAUCAGCUCAUUUGGGAAUUCAGCCCCUGCAACAGCUGACAUUAAUAGUCUGGGAACUAAGGAUAUUUCCCCUCCCCCUCUCUCUCAGAGCUCAGAAUAGAGGUCCUCCUCCAUGCCUCUGAUAUGUAGACUGCUUUGGGGCUAGACUUGGACUUGUUCCGUGUAUCGGGGUCUGCCUACUCUACAUGUAAGCUGCUCUCCAAAUGAGGUCCCCUCCUGAGGUCUCGCAUAGAGGUUUCCCUCCACUUCAGGGAAUUGUUGGGGAUAACCAGCUGCAUAUGAACAGAAAUAGGACUAAGAUGACACAGGGGGGAAUGAGCUGCACAACUUGCAGUCCAUGUGAUAUAACAAUCCAGACUUUCCCAAUGAACUCAAUGAAACCGAGGGUAUGAAACUGUGGGAGUUUAUCGUUGUGAUAAUACAAAACGUCAGAAGCACAGCUACUCAUUGGGCUUGUUGUCUUACAGACAAUGCACAUCAUGAAAAACCUCAGACUGACAAUCUCUUGUUUUCUGCUUUUCUAGGCUGGUGGUUUGACGCCUGCGGCCCCUCUAACUUGAACGGAAUAUUUUUCCAGCAGGGCCAGAACUCUAAUCGAUUCAAUGGAAUCAAAUGGUACUACUGGAAAGGCUCAGGUUACUCACUGAAGUCCACCACAAUGAUGAUCAGACCAGUAGACUUCUGA